AUGAGUUUUCACUUUCACGGGAUUCGAGUAUUAACAAAAUUUUUAUUGACGCAGAUAAGGUCAAACAACUGCAACUUAAAACGAGAAUUUCGCACAAGUUUUUGUCGAUUUGCACAACAAUCCAACUGGGGAUCUAAUAAGAAAUUUCGAGCCGUGAAAUUGAACUUUUCUCUCGACAUGACUGAUCCGAAAAUAGAAGAGGUUUUAGCACCGCUAAGAGCUAAUGUCAAAGAACAGGGAGACUUGGUCCGCAAGCUAAAAUCCGAUGGCGCGCCCGAACUGGACGUCAAAAAAGCAGUAGCAGAAUUGAAGCUCCGUAAAAAGCUCCUCGAAGAAAAAGAAUUAUCCCUCGCAUCAGACGCGCACACCUUCGACCGGGCUCGUAUGGAAGACCUCUUAAAGCGGCGCUUCUUCUACGACCAAUCAUUCGCGAUCUACGGAGGGAUCACGGGUCAAUACGACUUCGGUCCAAUGGGCUGUGCCUUUAAAUCAAACCUGCUCUCCUUCUGGCGCAGUUUCUUCGUGCAGAAAGAAAAAAUGCUUGAAGUGGAAGGCUCCAUCCUGACCCUUGAGCCAGUGUUGAAAGCCUCCGGCCACGUGGACAGAUUCGCCGACCUGAUGGUAAAAGACACAAAGAACGGCGAGUGUUUCCGCCUGGACCACCUGAUCAAAGCCCACCUUGAAAAAGUCGCCGCCGACAAGAAGACUUCCGAAGAAACCCGAGCAGAGUGUCAGGACAUCGUCGUGAAACUCGACGGAAUGACCAAAGAAGAGAUGGCAGCUGUGGUUAAAAAAUUUGAAAUGAAAUCACCGAUUACCGGAAACGACCUGACCGAGCCAAUAGACUUCAAUUUAAUGUUCGGAGUCCAGAUCGGGCCUUCCGGGGCAAUCAAAGGCUUCUUAAGACCGGAAACUGCCCAAGGAAUUUUUGUAAAUUUUAAGCGGUUGCUAGAAUUUAAUCAAGAAAAGCUUCCGUUCGCUGCCGCGCAAAUCGGGAAGGCUUUCCGUAACGAGAUUUCUCCUCGGUCCGGAUUAAUUAGAGUCCGAGAAUUUACAAUGGCUGAAAUUGAGCACUUUUGCGAUCCUAAGGACAAAUCUCACCCUAAAUUUGCCGCUAUAAAAGACACUGAAUUAAUUCUUUACUCCGCUUGCAACCAAAUGGACGGAAAAAGCGCCGAAAUUCGGACAAUAGGCAGCGCUGUUGCCUCUGGCCUUGUAGCAAAUGAAACUCUGGGGUAUUUCUUAGCAAGGAUCCAACAAUUUUUAGUAAAAGUCGGAGUCGACCCGAAAAAACUGAGAUUCCGUCAGCAUAUGAGCAACGAAAUGGCUCAUUACGCUUGCGAUUGUUGGGACGCUGAGUGUCUGACCUCUUACGGGUGGAUUGAAUGCGUCGGGUGCGCUGAUAGGUCUGCCUACGACCUGACUCAACACACCAGAGCCACCGGAGUCAAGUUGGUCGCUGAGAAAAAAUUGCCGGAGCCCAAAACGAUUGAUAUCUGCGAAGCUACUCCCAAUAGAGGGAUCAUUGGGAAGACACUGAGGAACAAAGCUAAGGAAGUCCUUGAAUUCAUUGGGAGCUUGGAGGAAGAGCAGCUGGAGCGACUGGAGAAUACUCUGGAGACUGAGGGUAAGUACGAGGUCACACUGGCUGAUGGCAGCAGUGUCUGGGUCACCAAAGAGAUGAUUUCGGUGAAAAGGUACCAGAAGAUUGUGCAUGUAGAGGAAAUCACUCCGAGUGUUAUUGAACCCUCUUUUGGGAUCGGGAGGAUUAUGUACGCGAUCUUUGAGCAGAAUUUUAAAAAGAGGGAGGGAGAUGAGCAGAGGAACUAUAUUAGCUUGCCGCCAGUUGUUGCUCCGCUUAAGUGCUCCGUUUUGCCGCUGAGUGGAAACGCGGAGUUUGUGCCUUUUGUUAAUAAACUGGCUGAUGGGUUGGAUGAGGUUGAGGUAUCUUAUAAGGUUGAUGACUCUUCCGGGAGCAUUGGGAGGAGGUAUGCUCGCACUGAUGAGAUUGCUAUUCCUUUUGGGAUCACUAUUGAUUUUGAUACGUUGAAGACUCCGCAUACUGCGACGCUGAGGGAGCGCGAUAGUAUGCAGCAGUUGAGGAUUCCGCUGGAUGAGCUUCCCGGGGUUGUUAGAGAUCUUGCUAAUGGAAAGACUACUUGGAAAGAGGCUCAAGAGAAGUAUCCUAAGUUUGAACAGCAGGAAUCGAAUGAAGCUUGA